AUGUUUAAGGAGUUGGAGCACCUUUCCUACGACAAAAAGUGGGAGACCCGGCUGCCGGAGCCGGCCGUGGGCUUGAGGAUGGAGCCGUCCCGGCCUCUGCCCGGCGCUGCCCGGCUCUUCGCCCCCCUCCAGUUCCUCCUCUUCCUUUUGCUGCCCGAGACGAGCUGGGGCAAAUACGUGAGAGGCAACAUCAGCACCAAAGAGGACUGGGUAUUCCUGACUCGGUUCUGCUUCCUAUCCGACUAUGGGCGCUUGGACUUCCGAUUCCGCUACCCAGAGGCUAAAUGCUGCGAGAACAUUCUUCUCUAUUUUGAUGAUCCGUCCCAGUGGCCGGCUGUCUAUAAAAAGGGAAAUAAGGAUUGUUUGAUGAAGGAGUCUGUGAUCCGUCCUGAGAAUAACCAAGUGAUCAACCUCACAACCCAGUAUGCCUGGUCGGGGUGCCAGCUGGUAACUGAGAGCUCCGUUAGGUACCUGAGCUGUGCAAGCGGCAGGAGUUUCCGCUCGGUCCGCGAGCGCUGGUGGUACGUGGCUCUCAGCAAGUGUGGGGGCGACGGGCUGGAACUGGAGUAUGAGAUGAUCCUAACCAAUGGCAAAUCUUUUUGGACGCGCCACUUUUCAGCGGAUGAGUUUGGCAUCCUGGAGACUGACAUCACUUUCCUGUUGAUCUUCAUCUUGAUCCUCAUAAUUUCUUGCUACUUUGGCUAUCUGUUGAAGGGCCGGCAACUUCUUCAUACCACAUACAAGAUGUUUAUGAUAGCAGCUGGUGUGGAGGUACUCAGCUUAAUGUUCUUCUGCAUAUACUGGGGCCAGUAUGCAAGUGACGGUAUCGGCAAUGGAAGCCUCAAGAUCCUGGCCAAGCUCCUCUUCUCCGUCAGUUUCCUGAUUUUCCUCUUGAUGCUCAUCCUGCUGGGGAAGGGAUUCACUGUCACCAGGGGUCGGAUCAGCCACACGGGUUCUAUCAAGCUGUCUGUGUACAUGACUCUCUACACUAUCACGCAUGUUGUGCUCUUCAUCUACGAGGCUGAGUUCUUUGAUCAGGCACAGGUGCUGUACACGUACGAGUCGCCGGCCGGGUAUGGCCUGAUCGCUUUGCAGUUUGUGGCCUACAUCUGGUUCUGCUAUGCCAUCCUGAUCACGCUCAAGCAGUUCCCGGAGAAGCAACCUUUCUACGUGCCCUUCUUUGCUGCCUAUACCCUCUGGUUCUUCGCUGUCCCUGUUACGGCACUUAUUGCCAACUUUGGCAUCCCGAAGUGGGCACGGGAGAAAAUUGUCAAUGGCAUCCAGUUGGGUAUCCACCUGUAUGCCCAUGCAGUCUUUCUGAUUAUGACACGUCCCUCAGCAGCCAAUAAGAACUUCCCUUACCAUGUGCGGACGUCACAGAUUGGGAUUGUUGAGGAGGCGGCUGCAGGGGCCAAGUUUCCCCAUCACGUGUAUGGCAACGUUACUUUCAUCAGCGACUCGGUGCCAAACUUCACGGAGCUCUUCUCCAUCCCCCAGAGCACAGGGAGCAGCAGCAUCAGCAAUCCUCGCAAACAAGUGGAGGAGACGUCAUCUGCAGACCGUAUCCUGACCCCCAGCUGCGUGGUCACCACAUCGGAGCUCAGCGGGACCCCCAUGCUGUUGAAACCUUCCACGGGUGGCGAGAGCCAGCCUCCGCCCUACCAGCUACACGCCCCCCAACUCCAUCAGCACAAUGGCUACACCGAAUAUUUUAGCAUGCACACAACUGGUGCUCGGCCUGUGUAGGGGUCUCCCGAAUUUUUUGUGGCUUCCCUGCUUCUCUCCCCUGGUUUCUCCUCUGAUACCUCCUUUCCCUAGCUUCCUCUAUUCCCUCUUAU